UACCCAGGUAUGGCACUCAAAUCUUACAUCCCACCGCUUUCCUCUCUCGUCUUUAAUCUCCUUCACCACCCCUAGUUUCCAUCUCUCUUGCUCUGGCUCGCUCGCUCGCUCGUUCUUAGAGGCAGAGGAAUCGCCAGGUGACGAACAUGGCGGAUUUGUGUAACAUGGAGAAGAUGGGCAGAGAGCUCAAGUGCCCCAUUUGUUGGAACCUCCUGAACUGUGCGGUAUCACUUGCAUGCAACCAUGUCUUCUGCAACUUAUGCAUUUUGAAAUCGAUGAAGUCCACGUCCGACUGCCCGGUCUGCAAAGUUCCAUUCUGUCGAAGAGAAGUACGUCCCGCUCCUCACAUGGAUAACCUGGUAAGCAUUUACAAGAGCAUGGAAGCUGCAGCAGGGACUAACAAAUUUUCCACUCAAUUAGCACCUUCAGCCAAAUAUUCAGCUUUAGAGUCCACUGCAACAGAUGGAUUGAUCCAAGGCAAUGCUAACAAAAUUUCUGGUUCGGCAGGAACUGCUGUGGCACAUCAAGGCAAAUCAAAGAGAAAACGAUUAUCUAAGAAAAUUCAAAAAGAAAAUGAGAAAUCUGGCGCCAAGAAUUCUGAUUGUGGUCCAUCAAAAAUGCCUUCUUUCUUUGGCAAGAAACGGAUACAUGUUACACCAUACCCUGUCUCAGAGACUCCAGUGCGUCCUGAAAAGAAUUCUAAAUUAGGAGAUUCAAGCAUUGAGUUGAAAGAUAAUAAGGAAAAAAAUAAAAAUGAGAAACCAGCUAUGGAGGACCAGGAGGAUCAUUUGUGUUCACCUUUCUUUUGGCUGAGAGAAGAAGAAGAAGAGAAUGAAACUGCAGAGAGACUAAGCAGUCAGCACACAGCAGAUACACCUCCUCCUCAUAAUAUUCCUUGUUUUAGUGACCUCAAAGACUCUGACUAUGAAUCUCCGGUUAAAAUGACCCCAACCAGCAAACCCAAUGCUGGAGUAGCUUUUGAUAGUGAAAUGUUUGAGUGGACCCAAAGAGCCUGCUCUCCCGAACUAUGUUCAACACCAAUUAAAGAGCCGACGGCAAGUAGGCACAGGCUUGAUGAAAUCCAAGAAAAAGAAUGUUGGAAUGACUUGGAGAUUGGGAUUGCAUCAAGAUAUGGAGUCCCCCCUGAGAAUGUUGAAAUUGGAAUUCCUGAAACCAGAAAAAGAACCCUUAAGAACAGAAGAAACAACAGUAAACGUCAGAAAAAACAUGUGAUGUCAUCUGUUGUUUCAAGACCCAGAUGCGAGGUCUACAACAAUGCCAAAAAUAAAAUUCCUACUGAUUCUGUGGAAAUAGCUCAAGAUUCAAUUCAGGAAAAUGAGGAAACUGAUAAAAGGAGUCCAACUUUUGGAGGGAAAAUACCGAAACAGUGCAACAAUCCUGCUCUCCAUUACCAAACAAAACAUCUAAAAUUUCCAACGGACCAUGUUUACAAUUCCGCCACAAUUGAAGCAUCUGAUUCUGAACAGCAUCUAACUAUAUAUACUAUAUCAAAGUAUAAGAAUGAAGGGAAGAGGGUUACAGGUGUAGUAGAUAAAGCCAGCAAAAGGAACAAGGAAUCCACCAUCGAGUCAAAGAGAAAGCGCAUAAAGAACUCUAGAGAUGGUUCUGUGGAGGGCUUAAAGAAAGCAAUAGAUGAUUCUGUAGCUAAGAUACUUGAGGAAAUACCUUCCAAUUCUAUCAGUGAAGCAAAAGGUCAGAAACAAAAUUGUAAGGAAAAGAGUCUAGAACAUGACGAAGGCUCUGGAAAUGGUCACCCCAGAAGAGGAAAGAACCAGGAGAAGCAGUUAUCAAAUGCACAAAGAAGGAUGAAAAACCAGACUGCUGACUUAGUUGUGGCAAAGGAUCCUGUCCAAAUUCCUCCCAUGAAAACGGCUUUGGGUGAAAAAAUUAAAGCUGCCAUUAAUCUCCAUGAAGAAUCCGAGAGCUUGGUUGUUAAAAAGUCAAGAAAGAUGAGGUGCCAUUCUCUUGGGGAUAGCAUUUUGAGGAAAUGUGAAAGCAAUCACAUUCAGAUUCAAUGUUUUUUCUGUCAGUCUACAAAUGAUACAGAGGAUUCUGGAAAAAUGAUGCAUUAUUUCAAUGGCAAGCCUGUAGCUGCAGAUUUUAACGGAGGUGUAGAUGUCAUACACUCUCACAAGAACUGCACAGAAUGGGCACCAGAUGUGUACUUUGAAGAUGAUAUAGCCAUCAACCUUGCAGCAGAGGUAACAAGAAGUAGAAGGAUAAAAUGCAGUUGUUGUGGCAUCAAAGGGGCUGCACUUGGAUGCUUUGAGAAAAGUUGUCGCAAGAGCUUCCACUUCACAUGUGCUAAAUUGAUUCCAGAAUGCCGAUGGGACAGUGAAAAUUUCGUGAUGCUGUGCCCCCUUCAUUCAUCAUCCAAAUUGCCAAUCGAAACUUCUGAGACCCAGAAGCAAACCAGAAAGAGAUAUAAUUUGAAAGGAGUAUCUCAAAGUCCAUCAGUAAGUAAACCUGGUAAUGACACGAGCCCGAUGUGGACAUGGCCUUCUGGAUCACCUUGCAAGUGGGUCAUCUGUUGCUCUUCUCUUUCUGAUGCAGAGAAGGAUAUUGUCUCUGAAUUCACAAAGAUGACCGGUGUCCCCAUCAGUAAAACUUGGAUUCCAACAGUUACUCAUGUCAUUGCAUCAACAGACAAGAAUGGGGCAUGCAAAAGGACUCUUAAGUUCCUGAUGGCCAUCCUUGAUGGAAAAUGGAUCUUAUCAAUGGAUUGGAUCAAAGAAUGCAUGGAGGCUAGGGAACCUGUUGAUGAGGAGAAAUAUGAAAUUACAGUUGAUGUACAUGGAAUAAGCAGGGGCCCCCAGUUGGGAAGACUGAGGGCAAUUAAUAAGCAGCCAAAGCUCUUCCAUGGAAUCAGCUUUUAUUUCAGUGGAGACUACACACCAUCUUAUAAAGGCUACCUGCAAGAUCUCGCCACUAAAGCAGGAGGGACUAUUUUGCAAAGGAAGCCCAUUUCAAGAGACCAAGAAAAAUUGUUGGAUAGCUCCUUGACUUCUACAAUCUUCAUAAUCUACAGCCUUGAGAAUCCAGAGAAAAACAGAUGCAACGAUCAUGCUUUGGUUUUUAACCGUAGAAGGGCGGAAGCUCAGACACUUGCUGAUGCUUCUGGAGGCAAAGUGGCAACCAAUACAUGGAUCAUAGACUCCAUUGCUGCUUGCAAACUGCAACCUCUUAACUUGAUGUCCAACAAUAUAUGACAAUUUUUUUUUUUGUAAUGUUUUGAGCAACACCUUGCUCCAAGUCGUGUAUAAAAGAUAUUAUGAUUUACCUUUGCAAGCUGUAUGACAAACGCUUGUUUGAUGUAUAACAGUAGCCGUUGGGCUUUACCUACAACUGUCAUUUCUUAAGCAUAUUGGGCGCUUCCUCCUGCUUGCUGUGCAGGUAACGCCUAAGUAAAUUUUUCCAAGUUCUUCCA